CCACUAGGAAAGGGAAGGGGGCGGUACUGCGCGCGGCAUUUUGGGAACGUGUGGUGUUCUGGGAGCGCGCGAGCCGCCAUUCGCUCUCCUCACGCCUUCGCUGUCGCCAGAGUCGCCGCCGCACCGGAAAGGAAGAGAAGGCCAGAGCCGAACUCUCUCCUUGCCAAGAUGUCUAUUGGUGUGCCAAUUAAAGUUCUACACGAGGCCGAGGGUCACAUUGUGACAUGUGAGACAAACACUGGUGAGGUGUAUCGUGGGAAGCUCAUUGAGGCGGAAGACAACAUGAACUGCCAGAUGUCCAACAUCACAGUCACAUACAGAGAUGGCCGAGUGGCACAGCUGGAGCAGGUAUACAUCCGUGGCAGCAAGAUCCGCUUUCUGAUUUUGCCUGACAUGCUGAAAAAUGCACCCAUGUUGAAGAGCAUGAAAAAUAAAAACCAAGGCUCAGGGGCUGGCCGGGGAAAAGCUGCUAUCCUGAAGGCCCAAGUGGCUGCAAGAGGAAGAGGACGUGGAAUGGGUCGUGGAAACAUCUUCCAGAAGCGAAGAUAAAUUGAUCUGUUAAAUAGAACUUUGCUCUUAUUUUUUCUUUUAGAUUAUCUGGGUUCAUGGCAGGUGCGUGCUUAUGUGUAUGUACUAGGUUUUCUUUUAGCAUCUUUCUUUAGAUAAGGGUAAAUGUUUCACUAAAUAAAUAUAGUGUUUUUUUUCCUUU